CCCCUCCCCUUUCCCCUCCCUCCCUCCCUCCCUCUCUCUCUCUCUUUAGGGCUUCCGAUAGAGAGAGAGAGAGAGAGGGAGAGGAGCAGUGGCAGCGGGGCCAUGGCCGGGGUCUGCCUGUGGCUGGCCACAGCCUGGACGGGCCUCCAGCUCUGCUCGCUGGCGCUGGGCCUGGAGGUCUCGGUGGGCAAGGUGCCCGUCAUCUACACCCGCAACGGCACCGACGUGCUCCUGCCCUGCACCUUCACCUCCUGCAUCGGCAUCGAGAAGGCCAACUUCUCCUGGUACCGCAACCACACCGAGCUGAUCUUCAAAGGAGUGGUGAAGAACAAGGACUCCAAGCCGGAGCCCUACCCAGAGUUCAGGGAGUGGUUCAAGUACAUGAUGCCCCCAGACAUCGCCCUCAGCAAGGACAACCGGGAGUUCAACAUCUCCCUCAUUCUCCUCGACGCCGACUUCAGUGACUCCGGGAAGUACACCUGCCACGUGAAGAACCCCAAGGAGAAGAACGCCAUGCACAACGACACCAUCACCCUCAAGGUGGUCGUGGAGCGUGAUGGAGAAAGUGGACAAGACCCUCACCAUCAUCAUCGUCUCCGUUGUGGGCGGCGUCAUCGGCCUCCUCAUCCUCAUCAUGGUGGUGAAGAAGCUCACCCUCUUCAUCCUCAAGAAGAUGCGGGACAAGAAGGAGUGCCUGGUGAGCUCCUCGGCCAACGACAACACGGAGAACGGUCUGGCCGGAUCCAAAGGGGAACAGAAGACUCCCAGCAAGGCCUGAGGCCCCAGACGCGUGUGGCUCCGACCGAGGUCCACCCGUCACCGCAGGAAGCGUUAGGGACCUUGAGACUCUGGGCGGAGGUGCGAAGGGACACGGGGGCCGCCUCCAAAGGACUGUCUGGCGUGGCUCCGGAAGGGACCCUGGACUGGAGCACCGUACCCGGCGCUGCUUCUCAGAUAAGACUGUUGGCACGGGGCUUGCGGCCAUUCGGCGGCAGAGCCGGAGGGGGCUGUGGGUGGGUGGGCAUGCGCUCAGGGGGGUCUUGGGCCGGGUUGGAGCCGGGGGCAGGCACGGCAGGGAAGGGGUACCAAAACAGGGGGGCAGGUGGGCCGGCGGGGUCUCACUCAGUAUGGGGCAGCAGCACCCUCUUCCCUGCCAACCUGCGCAGCCAAAGGCCUCUCCUCCUCCUCCUCACCAAGGAUGUCUAUGGGAUGGCGGAGGAGAGGCCGAUGGGACGGAGGAAGGAAGGGAGCCCACGGUCCUGCUCCUGGGCUCCAGAAUUUGGCUGCAAGGGCCAAGCACAGCCCCCACCCCCACCCCAGCACCAUCCCCUUGCCCAGGUGGAGGGUCCUGGGGUGGGACUUCUCUUCUUCUCCUUAGACGCAUGAGGGCUAAUUAUAUUUUUAAUAUAUAUAUAUAUAUAU